AUGUCAACUGAGUACCCUGAUGACUUUCAACGUGGUCUUCAUUUUUCUGACUUUGUCUCAGAACCGAAGCGAAUGCUUUUACCAAUAAAAGGAUUUGAAGAUAAGCCUCUUGUGUCUCUCGAAAAAGCAGUUGAACCACUUCAUUCACUGGUCAAUGAUAUUGGACAAAUGGUCUGGAUAGCUAAAGAAAAUUGUCAGAAACCUGAAAACUGUCUUUCACGAGAUGAAUCAGCUUCAAUCAUGCUUUACUCGAUGGAAUGGACACCUCACGAAAGUUCAUUUUAUUACGUCUUGAAUAAUGUACUUCGGUCUCAAAAUCGACAAGAACUUAUACCUUGGUUUCUUUACCUUCGUCUUGUUAUUCAUGCUCUGUCAAAACUACCAGCUAGCUCGCCUAAGAUCGUUUAUCGAGGUAUCAGAAAGGAUAUGAGUAGCGAGUUUUCGAAAGGACAAAAAUUUAUCUGGUGGGGAUUCUCAUCUUGUACAACAUCCAUAGAAGUUCUCAACAACUUUCUAGGACAAAAUGGAGCGAGAACUAUUUUUAAUAUUGAAUGUCAAUCGGGUAAAAGUAUUGGUCAACAUUCAUUUUAUGAAAAGGAAGAUGAAUUCUUAAUUUAUCCAGCCCAACAAUUUGAAGUCAUAUCAUCUUAUAAUGCAGGAAACCAACUCCACAUUAUUCAUAUCAAAGAAACUUCACCACCCUGGCCUCUAUUUCCGAAACCUGCGCAAGUAGCAAAUGAUCCAAUUUCUUCUUACGAAAAUCAACAGCUUGUUAAUCGUAUCCUCCAGUUCCGACUGUUGAGCUUCAUAGAUCUGGAGUAUCAAAAUUUAAUUGACGAUGAUAUGAAUAUCAUUGCGAGAGAAGCCAUCAUCAAGAAAAAAUGUCGGCAGCUUCGGUUGCAAGGACAACGUAUCACGUCUAAUGGUGUGUCAAUCUUAGCCAAAACUCUACAAAAUAAUGAAACUCUAGAAAUAUUAGACCUUUCAAAAAAUCGGGUAUGUGACACCGGUGUAGCUGAUUCAGCCCAAGUACUGGCGCUCAACAACUCAGCUCUCAAAACUCUUUCUAUUCGAUCAGCUAGUGUAACAGAUGUAGGCAUACAACAUUUAGCGGAAAUGCUUAAAACGAAUACCGUACUAACUGGACUUGAAUUAAGUGAGAAUCAAAUCAGUGAUCGAGGUGUAGAGCUGUUGGCUAACUCUCUCACUCGUCAUAAUCAAAGUUUGAUAUGGCUUUCUCUAUCUUUCAACUGGUUGGUGAGCGACUUGAGCAUCGACUUUCUCGUUCGAAUGCUCGAACAAAAUGUUUCAUUGAAAGAACUGUACAUAUCCGAUUGUAAUCUAACUGAGAAUGGAAAAUUGAAACUCCGACAGACGAAAAAGUCAAAUGUUGGUUUUAGACUUCGAGUUUAACGAGACUAGCUUCAUAAUUACUUGAUUUCUAUAUUAGACAUUAAUUCGUUAAAUUAUCUUUGUUUAAAUAUACCUUUCUGAUUUAUAUAAUAAAACAUGAAUGCAUAAAUAAUAAAAGCUUAAUCAGAAUCCAGAGUUACACCCCUGGGCAAAAGUCUUUCCCCCCACCUCUUUUUUUCAGCAGGAAUUUCUCUACUAUUGUAAAGACAAACAUGGUGUUGUUCAGGCCAAAUAAAAGAGAACGCGAAUAACUCCUACUCGGCCCGCACAACACCAUGUUUGGUCCUUAUAGUAGUAGAGAAAACCUUGCCGAAAAAAGAGGUGGGGGGGAGACUUUUGCCCAGGGGUGUAUUUCAGGUGGACGAUACAAACGUUUCAUUACCUCUUCGUCAAGGAAGCCCAAAGGUAGACCUUCAUUUACAUGAUGUAGUGCUAGCUCAUUUUUACUUUUUUCGUGCAAAACUUGUGCAACAUUUCGUUGAAUUCUGGCAAUCUCUAUGUAAUGUGGAGGCAAUUGUUCUUGUUGAAUCGCUGAACAUUGCCGCAGAUAAUGAAGAGAUUUAUCUAGAUGUCUUAAUUCAUAAUCAGUAGUGGACAAAUUACGUAAAGAUGUUGAGAUUGCUGAAUGGUCACUUAGGAAAUACUUCUGCUGUAUACUCAAAGAUGACUUAUUGAACUCGAGUGAACUGUCACAAUCUUUAACAAAAUAGAAUAGGUUGCUUAGUUCUCCUAACGUGAUAGCUAUGUCUUGGUGGUCUGGAGGUAAACAACCUUGUUGCAUUUGAAGUACUUGCAAUUGAGGGUGUGGGUGUGGGUUUUUCUUCAAAACCAACAUCCACAUCCACGACCGACACCCACACCCACACACUCACACCCACACCCACCCCACACCCACACCCACACCCACACCCACACCCACACCCCCACACCCACACACCCACCUUUGCACCGAAACCAAAUAAGGUAUGUUUAGGUCAA